UAUGACUGCUAGUGGAUUGGAUUGCUUUGUGGAGUUAAAGUCUAUGGAUCACUGCGUAUAAAGCAGCUAUAUAUAUAAAAGGAUAAGUGUAUGAUAUUUCUGAUUUCUUACUUCAUUGAAGCAUGGCUCAGGGUAUCAUUGGAGCAGACUUGGAGCUAGAGAUGAAGAACUAUGUUGCUUCAAUGGUGACCUCUUCGACUACGUCUCUCUCUUCAUCUGAUGUCUCAGCCCUUGGGUCCCAGAAGAGUGUACGCUGUCCUAUCUGCCUAAUGAAAUACAAGGAUCCCAGGAGACUGGCCUGUGAACAUACCUUCUGCAAAGACUGCCUACAGGCUGUAUUAAAGGGUCAGAAACGUGACAAGACUCUACUGAAGUGCCUCAUUUGUCAAGAGCCAGCUCAGCUCCAUCACCCUGAAAGCGUCGAAGACCUUGACAAAGCCGUGAUAUCGAGCAACAUUGAAACAGCUCACAAGAGUUUCAGCAGGAACGAAAUACAGUGUUCCAAAUGCAGUGGAAGGCUCUGCAGCUGCUGUGUCCAUGUUGUCUGCAAUAAAUGCGGGAAAUAUGUCUCAACAAUGCAUUGUAGGACCUGCAAGAAGUCUGUAUGUACUCGCUGCACGCGUGAACAUACCCAACACUUGUUGGUGGAGAUUGAAACUGAGCACGAGAUGCUGAGACAAAAGAAGAGAGAGGAAGAGGAAGAAGAGGAAUGGGAGAGAGGGAGCGGGAGCAGCAAAGACAGUGGAGGAAGUGCAAAUCAGUAUUACAGUGUCAAUAUUGAAGACUCUGAAGAAGACUAUAUUAAUGAGGGUGAGGAAGGAAUGGUGGCUGCAAUUAAAGUUAAUCCUCAUUCCUAUGCACUGAAUAAUAAUAAUGAUAAUGAUUUGAGCCAGUCUCUGGAUGAAGAGGAGGGAAGGAGAAGUGGUAACAGCAGCAAAGACAGUGAUGGGGAAGUCACUCAAUCAUAUGCUAUUAAUGAUAUUGGUAAUGACUCAGAAGAAGAGAGAAGUCCUACUAACAGUCAGGGCAGUAGUGGAGGUCCUACUGGUUGUUAUACUGUUACACAUGAUGAGGAGGAGCUGAGGGUGAGAGAUGAAGAGGUGCAGGAUGAUGAUGAUGAUGAGGAAAGCAACAAUGAAUUGGAAAGAAAUAUAAUUCGUAAUCAAGUCCAUCAAGAGCAUGAUCCUUCAAUCACUGAUGAUGAUGAUGAUGAUGAUGAUGAUGAUGACAUUCCUGAUCAUAUUGAAGCUAACGUUAUAGUAGCAGGAGGUAGAUAUGAAGAGAGAGGAAGAGAGACAGAAGAAACUGAUGAAUCAACUAGUAGUAUUGAUGAAGAUGGUCCUGAUCGACCUCCUACAAUGAUUGAUGAUGAUGAGUUUGAUUUGAAUGAGCGUGUUAAUGAGACUGUUCAGGUCAAUCCAGUUUUGUUAAGGAGAUUACAGCCCUCAGCUCCUUCCAAUGAGAAAAGACAAAGUAAAAUUGUUUUAGUUCCCAAGCCAAUAGAAAUGGAAGAAUUGGAUGGGCCACCACGCUAUAGAGAAAUUCGUAGCAUGAAAUGGUGUGCUAGGAUCACGUUUGGUCUUGUGAUAGUUCUUGUAUUCUGCAUUUUUGCUUUUGGUGGUCUAGCACUAACAGCAUUCUUCCUUUCCCCCAGAAACACAGACACCUUUGUAUCUGAAGGAGAGCUGGUACUUCUCUCUCGUCUAAAGCCAUUCUGGUCCCGAGACUUAACCGUAACCUCUAUUGGUCCCUAUGAUUCUCCUUAUAACUACCAAACAGAGCUCUAUCUACUGGAUUGCGAUAACUUAGUGACAUCAAGUGUAGCCUAUAGUGUUUUUUCCAGUGGUAGUCAGCUCUCGUCAGCUACUGAUUUGACUGCUGAUAUACCCACAGCUCCCAAUUCUAGUUACGCUUAUUUAAUCUCAGGCUCAACUCUUAGCUUUAACAUUACAAUCAUCAGUGAUACCACAUACAGGGAGUGUGCUUCAGAGCUCAACAUAUACGAAAACUAUGAUGAUUUUAUUAACGAGGAUGGCUUGAAAGCAGUGCAGACAAACUGCAUCAAUAUUAGAAAACCUUCCUCUGCUCAGAGUCCGACGAUUGUCACAUUCUCUUCGACGAAAGAUUCGUUUUAUUUCGUCACAGUCUUUGUCCCUCCCUCUGCCUCUUAUCAUGUUAAUGUAAGUGUGGAGAAGAUAUUCUACACUAACUCAAGUCUAAUGAAUACUAAUGACUGUACACUGAGAUCUACUAGAUCCAAUGCUCUUGAUGUCUACGAAUGCUCUUUCUCACUUCUGACAGAUUUUGUCAUUGACCUCAAUGAGAAGUGUGUAUUAGCUGAAACUACUCCAUUACCACCUUACUCUUCACCAUCAGUCGUUAAGCUCUCCUUGCUAGCUGAGCCUAAUAUAUUUCGUAACAUUGCUUACGCCGUCAUUCCAUCUCCGCUGUUGGUUUAUCUCGUCGCUUGUCUGAUAGUUUGGAUUUGUUAUAAAGGCUGCGUCAUCUGUUGCUACAAGGUAUCGAAACGCUCGCGACUUUACAUGACGGCAAUAUGAUUCUAUGACCCAACUCCCUCUCUCUCUUCCUUCUGUAUUUAUUAUACUUUAUGAUUCAUACAGUUAAGCACAUACACACAAGUUUAAUUAUGAUUAUUAUAUAAUGUACCAUUAUUAUUAUUUUUUUCAUUAAUGUUAAAUCGUUUCAUUCGUGUACAUUACAAA